AUGAAUUCUUUGGAGCAAGCCGAAGACCUAAAGGCUUUUGAAAGAAGACUUACAGAAUAUGUCUCUUGUCUGCAACCUGCAACAGGAAGGUGGAGAAUGAUUUUGAUAGUGGUGUCUGUGUGCACGGCUACUGGGGCAUGGAAGUGGUUGAUAGAUCCUGAUACACAAAAGGUGUCAUUUUUUUCAUCACUUUGGAAUCACCCAUUUUUUACCCUCAGCUGCAUCACACUUAUAGCACUAUUCUUCGCUGGUAUACACAAACGAGUUGUGGCACCAUCAAUUAUUGCGGCGCGUUGUCGAACAGUUCUAGCUGAAUACAACAUGUCUUGCGAUGAUACUGGAAAGCUUAUUCUAAAGCCACGACCCAACAUCCAGUGA